UUACCACCAUUGCCGUCAUCACUCUUCUCGCUCAUCUCUCUACCGAUGCCUGGUUGAAGAAAUUCAAUUCUUCCUCUGAAUUUUCUUAGAAUGAUCGCAAUCGAAUUAUGGUUUGUAGAGCACAUUCGGGGGUUUCUCCAGAUUUAAAUGUCAAAAGGAUUUAUUAAAAGAAGACAGCUUCCUAGUCCUAAAAAAUCUAGAAGGUGAUUAGAUUUUGAACGAAGGGGAUGGGUAAAGGGUCAUUUUGUAUGACAAUCAGGUCUGGAAUGAAGUCGUAUAGGCUGUCAGAGCUUUCACAGUCUGAGGCUGAUGGACUGAAAGCUCGUCCUCGCAUAAAUUUCUCUUCUAUAUUCAACCUGGUCCAGCCCAUUGUUGAUGAUGUUCGUAGUAGAGGUGAUGCAGCUGUAAAAGACUAUACCAUCCAGUAUGACAAGGUUGAAGUGCAGAAUGUGGUUGAAAAUGUUUCUGAACUUGCUGACCCCGAGCUUCAAGCAGAUGUUCGUGAGGCAUUUGAUUUAGCAUAUGACAACAUAUAUGCCUUUCAUGCUGCACAAAAGCCUGCUGAGAGAACUGUUGAGAACAUGCAAGGUGUUAGAUGCAAACGUGUAGCUAGGAGCAUUGCUUCCGUCGGUCUUUAUGUUCCUGGUGGAACUGCUAUUUUACCUUCCACUGCCCUGAUGCUUGCAAUUCCUGCCCAAAUUGCUGGGUGCAAAACUGUUGUACUCGCAACUCCACCCACUCGGGAUGGUAGCAUUUGCAAGGAGGUCCUUUAUUGUGCCAAGAAAUCUGGUGUCACUCACAUUCUCAAAGCUGGAGGUGCUCAGGCCAUUUCUGCAAUGGCAUGGGGGACCAAAUCUUGCCCAAAGGUUGAGAAAAUUUAUGGUCCGGGAAACCAGUAUGUCACUGCUGCAAAAAUGAUUCUUCAGAAUAGUGAGGCUAUGGUUUCAAUUGAUAUGCCUGCUGGACCAUCAGAAGUUCUUGUUAUAGCUGACGAGAAUGCUAGUCCUGUUCAUAUUGCAGCAGAUUUACUCUCUCAGGCUGAACAUGGUCCAGAUAGCCAGGUAGUUCUUGUCAGUGUUGGGGACAAUGUAAAUCUAGCUGCUAUACAAGAGGAACUCAACCGGCAGUGUCAAAGUCUUCCCAGGGGUGAAUUUGCAUCAAAAGCUCUUGAUCAUAGUUUUACUGUGAUUGCACAUGAUAUGAUUGAGGCAAUUUCUUUUUCAAACAUGUAUGCACCUGAGCAUCUGAUUGUAAAUGUAAAAGAUGCUGAGAAGUGGGAGAAUUACAUUGAGAAUGCAGGGUCUGUAUUUUUGGGGCCAUGGACACCAGAAAGCAUUGGAGAUUAUGCGAGUGGUACAAAUCAUGUCCUUCCGACUUAUGGGUAUGCACGGAUGUACAGCGGGGUCUCUCUAGACUCAUUCUUAAAAUACAUCACAGUACAGUCUCUGACUGAGGAGGGGCUGAAAAACAUAGGUCCUUGUGUUGCUACCAUGGCUGAUGUUGAAGGUUUGGAAGCCCACAAGAGAGCAGUCACCCUCAGAUUGAAGGACAUUCAAGCAAAAGAAUUGCUUACUGCUUAGAUGAUUCCCAGUCUUUUUAAUCAAAAGCUAUGAAAUCUGAGAGGAUAUGCAAUAGAAGGGAGAUAAAAAUGUCAUUCCCCCUAAAGGGAAAUGUCAUUCUCCUGCGAUUCGUUAAAUUAUAUUACUCCCUCCGUCCCAGAGUAUUUGUCCAGUUUGACUUUUUCGAGUCAAACUGGACAAACUUUAAGCUUCAAUUAAAUAAAAACCGUAAAGUAUUUUAAUAUAAAAAUAACUUUAUUGGAUUUAUCAUAUUGAGAACUUUUAAAAUUGUAUUUCAUUAUGCUAAUAUGUAAUACAAAUUGAGAGUAAUUGGAGUUUAAAGUUUGUCCAGUUUGACUCGAAAAAGUUAAACUGAACAAAUACUCUGGGACGGAGGUAGUAUUUUGAUGUUUUUUUAAUUUUUGCUCCACAGACAUUUACCUUUAUUGGAUUUGAUUAUUCAUCUUUCCCUUUCGAGAUGAAAACAGGUUUCAUUGAAACCCUUUUUAUAAGAAGACCUAAUGGCAAAAAUUUGUAGUAAAAGAAUUGUGCAUUU